AUGGAGAUUUGCAUGCAGGAAGUUUCAGUCGCUCUGGGAUCAUGGCAGUCCCUGGCCCCCUCUGUAGUAGUUGUUGACCCGUCCUUCAGGAACUUCGAUGUUGCCCACAUCAGCACUGCUGCCACCAGAGACUUCUCUGAUGCCAGAGACUUCUGUUUGUUUGAAUGCUCCCGUCACCAGGCCUGCCUCGUCACCACUCUGCAGACCCGACCUGGUGCUGUGAGGUGUGUAUUCUAUGCUGAUGCCCAGAUCUGCACACACAGCCUGCAGGCCCAGAACUGCCGACUUCUGCUCCGUGAGGAGGCCACCCACAUCUACCGGAAGCUGAACAUCCCUCUGCUCAGCUUUGGGACACCAGCACCUUCUGUGACCAUUGCCCCCCACGGCCGGCUGCUGGGCAGGUCCCAGGCCAUCCAGGUGGGCACUUCGUGGAAGCAAGUGGAUCAGUUCCUGGGAGUUCCGUAUGCCGCCCCGCCCCUGGCAGAGAGCCGCUUCCAGGCACCCGAGCCCUUGAACUGGACAGGGUCCUGGGACGCCACCAAGCCACGGGCCAGCUGCUGGCAGCCAGGCACCACGGCGCCCGUGUCUCCCGGAGUCAGCGAAGACUGCUUGUAUCUUAACAUGUUUGUGCCUCAGAACGUGGCCCCCAACGCGUCUGUGCUGGUGUUCUUCCACAACACCAUGGAGGGGAGGGGGACUGACGGACAGCUGGCCAUUGACGGCUCCUUCCUGGCUGCUAUUGGCAACCUCAUUGUGGUCACUGCUGGCUACCGAGUGGGUGUCUUCGGCUUUCUGAGUUCUGCUCUCCUCCAGCCCAGCUGA